GUUGGUCGUCAAAGACCUUCCCGGCGCUAGCUAUGCCCUGUCGGAGGGGGACGUGAUCCGGCUGGGCUGCUCGAGGUUCCGCGUCCGCCAGCUCGUGGCCGACGCCGGCGCCGGGACACGCCCGGAAGUGGCGCUUCCAGGCUCUCCGACCACUUGCCCCGACGAGCGGGGCCCGGAGCCAGAGGCCGGCGUCUGCCGCAUCUGCCUGGACGGUGACUGCGACGAGCAGGGCCCGCUCAUUCGGCCCUGCGCGUGCAGGGGCUCCAUCGAGAGCGUGCACCUCGGGUGCCUGCGGCAGUGGAUCCGCUGCAGGAUGGGGCUGCUGGACGAGGACAGGGGGAACACGUGCUUCGUGAGGCAGAUGGAUUGCGACUUGUGCAAGCAGGCGUACCCCUCGCACGUCCGCGUGGGGGGCGUCAGCACGCCGCUGGUGGAGGUGCCGCAGCCGGCCGGGCCCUUCCUGGUGCUCGAGCAGGUGUCGCGGUCGAGGAGGGCUGGCGGGGGCGCUGGCGUCCUCGUCGCCUCCCUCGCCGAGGGCGGCAGCGGGCUCACCUUUGGCCGCGCCCAGGGCGCGGGCUUCAGGGUGGACGACAUCUCCAUCUCGCGGCUUCACGCGAGGAUCUCCUUCAGGGAGGGCAGGUUCGUCCUCGAGGACAACGGCUCCCGCUUCGGCACCCUCGUCUACAUGAGGCAGCCAUAUGCGCUGUCCUCCGGCGAGACCGUCUCCAUUCAGACGGGAGGUGCCGUCGUCUCCUUCACCCUGCGGCAGGGCCCCGCCGCGGAGCCCGGCCUCCCGGACGCCACGGACCGCUGCUCCGAGUGCAGCACCGAGGAGGGCUUCUCGGCGUGA